UAGACAUGAUACCAAGUAAGUCAUUUUAUCUACCACAGUUAGCUGUUUUAAUAGAUUUUUUAAAAUAAUUUUGUUACAUGUAUUUCGUAUUUACUUUACAGAAAGAACAAAAAGGACCAUUACAAAAAAGGGAAGGCAACACUGCCAAAAUUUAUGGACUUUGGUAUUCAGAAAAUCAAUGACAAAAAUUGGUUUUACCUUUUGUCAAUGGAUGGACAGAUGUGGAAUGAUCAGGUGCGAUGUAUCUUUAUUUUUCAAAUAUAGUAUAUAUUAGCAUGUCUUCCACGUUUACUGUUUGUAUACUUUUUUUGUGCAGUACAUUGAUGUCAUCUUUUACUACUUCCGAAAGAAAGCAAAGUAUGACACAAGUAGCAAAUUCAAGUUUACAACUGUCGACUGCGUUUUCAUGACAAAGAUUGAUGCAAUAAACAAAGUGUAUGUUGACCCGGAUGGUGCAACAAGCGGUGGAAAACAGGAAGAUAUUUUAUGUGAAUACGUGAAAGGCCACCGGUUGCAAUGCACUGUCCCGUGGCAUUUUGUUGACUAUGUAUUUAUUCCAGUCAACGUGAAACAUAAAAAUCAUUGGCUGUUGGCAGUCCUAUCAUUCAUGGACAGACGUUUAUAUGUUUAUGACUCCUACCGAUCAGCGGGGCAUGAUGCAGCUGUUAAGGCAGAAGUAGACAAACUAGUCUCACUGUUGCCUCUGUACUUACAUCUUACUGACUUCUAUGUUGAAAAAAAAGGAAUUGAUUUUACUCAUCACCCGGCAUACAAAGACAAAGCACCGGCUGAUAAGUUUGAAGUUGUGUUUGUUGACAAUCUGCCACAGCAAAGUCCCGGUAGCAUGGACUGCGGGAUAUAUGUUGUUGCAUUUUCGGAGUAUUUGAGUCACGAAGAAGCUAUUCCACCCAAAGAUCUUGAUGCUGAGUUACUUCGCACGAGAUAUGGUGCACUUUUGUGGGUUUACGCUCAGAAGAAGAAUGAAGUCGGUGCCGUAAGCGACAAUGAGGCUCCUCCAAAUCCAUUUAGAGCAGCGAUAGAUUUUGAUCAAGUUGAAUUAAACAUAGUUAAUUAGAUUUUAGUUUCUUGACUGUAAAACAGAUUAUGAUGGUGUUUUCAUCCUUUAUGUUGUUGACUUUUUGAUGCCUAGAAGGCAAUUGUUUGUAUGAAUACUCAAUGUUCAACUACUCUUUU